AUGGGCAUUUCGCGCGUGUAUUUGACUUUAAUUCUCACCCGAAAUGCCCAUUUCUUCUCGCAAUGGAUUUCUAGCCGCCGGAAAGCUGAAGCGCCUCCCAGCGCAAAGGACUCCGCCUCGCCUCCGAAACUGCGCGCCGACGGCGUGCCCGACGGAACGGCGGAGUCUGCAAAGUCGUUUUGGCAGCAAAAGACUUUUUGCAAACAAAAAGGCCGAUUCGCCUUCGCCGGAAAGCACGCGGAGAGCCGCCAACUGCAGCAACUUGAAUGCAAACCUGAACAUGAACUUGGGGGCUACAAGACCCCCCUGAAGACGCCUGAGGCCCCCAGCCGCCCGUUCACCCUCGGCGACGCCAUGACUCGGGCUCGCUGCGCCUUCCUGCUGUCUCCUGCUGCUCCCCGCAAGCGCCAAACGUAG